UGCAACCUUCCCCAUCUCCCAGCCGGCCUUCGGCAAGUUGCAAUGGAUGAGGUGCCAGCGACCUCUGAUUCCACAGAGAUGGGUCCAAGUUCAAGUUGUCGCAGCGAUGCCGAGGUGCCUUUCCGGAGGAAAGAACCUGCAGAGCCUUUGAUGCAGGCGACCAAGAGCUUGAAGCCCAAGGCCACCACCAAAGUCACCCGAAAGAUUCGCGGCUGUGACAUACAACGCCUUUGGUCGGAACAGAGCAAGAUUCGAGAGCAGAUUGAAGCUGGUCGGCCAUACCAGGUUCAAGGUCUUUUGCAGAUGGAGUGGCAGUUGAGCAAGUUCAUGGCGGAACUUGAGGCGAAGCACGCCAAUGCCGAGUCGGUGAUCUUGGAUUUGGCCAAGGAGCUGGUGCGAACGGCUCAAGAGGUGGAGAACAUCAAUUGCCAAGGGGCAUCGGUCGAAGAGCGUUUGGAACAGCUUGAAUUGAAGAUGCGUCAGAGUGCACCAAGCUUUACGCUGGAGGAUUCCCCACGGAAAGCGGAUGUGGAUGACCUCUUCCAUUUGGACCUUGCCACGGCAGGUCGUCGUUCACCUUCCGAAGUGGCCAGCCGUCCGAGAGGGCGCAGGGAAGUUGCCACGUGGAGCGGCUAUGAAGCUCCAGGUGAGCUCAUCAGCAAAGCGCAAGAGAAAUUGACUGCAAGGCCUCAGACCUUGCCUCUCGUGACAAGUCAGGUACACCAGGGCAGCGUCGAUCACCGGAAAUUGUUCGAAUCAGCAGCAUCGAAAGCCAUCGCAGACGCCUUCAACGAGGCCUCGGUACAGCUACGUGCGCUAAGUAGCGAACUGAUGUCCUCCAUGCAGAAGGCCACAACCCUCGACAUCGAAGCCAAAAAGAAGGACUUGAACAGCGAGCUGCAGAUGGCCCUGGAGUCGCUCCGCGCCGUGGCUCCCGCCACGGCGGCGGCGCCUGCGGCCGUGCAGCUGGAGCCGCUGGAGCAACCUGAAGCUGGUCAGGCAGCAGGCUUGACCAUGCCAUCAAAUCAGAUUGCUGCCACCACUACAGUCACUACAGGGGAGAACUUCUGUGGUUCAAGCACUGCAGGGCAGGAGUCUCCUAAGACCAGAGUUGCAAAGCGACGGCCCAGUCAGAGGAUCCUGGGAGCGUUGGCUUGUUUUGGGGUUGUACGCUCUGCUGAAGAUGAUCGCUGAAUUCUCCGGCACCAAAUUUGCUGCCGCAUGCAGCAACCAAUCUGUAGGAUUUUGGAUGAGAUGGACUUACAAGGGUUGCGUGACAAUGCC